UAUAUAUAUGUAGUUGUUAUCACAACGUGAACAAAAUAUAAACUCAACUAGAAUUAAAAAAAAAGAAAAACGUUAUAUACACGGAGCAUUAAGUCGUCUUCCUAAAGACGAAUGUAACACAUUUUUCUGCUACUGGUCUCUUUUUAAAACAAAAACAUUAUAAUCGCUGCACAAGUAUUCAACGCCAGAGUAAACAGGAAAGGAUGUUACCUUGAUAUCGGAACGUUUGUGUGAAAUGGAUGAAGCCCAACAAGAGCAAACAGAUUUAGAAUAUCUAUUACGCUAGAGAUCCUUAGAGGUAAUGGCGUUGCUACAUAAAUUAAAUAAGUUGAAAACGUUUUCAUAAUUCAAAUUUGGAGAUUAACAUCAUUGCUUGUGGCACACAGAGGAAAUGUGCAAAAAUAAUAUUUACACAUAAAACUACAAACGGAAGUAGCAAAAAGUUAUUCGGGGAAAUCAGUCAAAACGCUUUCUCUACAAUGCAAAAUCUACGGACUUACAGGAAUGAGGUUUCCUGGGACAGCAGGAAAAAUGUUACUGUUUGUCAUCAAAAGCAGCACUAAUGAACACUGCAAGAGAGAGGUAACAAACAAGGUUGAUCAAAUCACAUGGCAAGGAAUUAUUAUUAGUUGCUGAAAAAAUCAUUAUGCUGCCGAGAAUACAAGAAAUUAGUAUUUAAAGACGAACUGCUGAUCUCACCAUGACAGUCAUGCAAAUUAUAAUGACACAUUUACCUCCAGGGAUACAUGGAGUAUUGAUUAUCUGCUGUUUGUUUAUAACGGUUUCUGCAUUCAAUUUAAGUCCAUCUGAGAGAGAACGCUCAAUUCGACAGAACAUUCCAGGUCGAGACUAUUCUGAAUUAUCUCGUCCAUCAGAAUUAGUUGAAGUUGAUGUCGAUGUACUUCUUUAUAUGGUGAAUGAAUUGAAUUUUCGAAAAGAAACUCUAUCUAUGACAGGGCGAGUGAAAACAAAAUGGAAUGAUCCGUCUUUAACAUGGUAUCCUAUGCAACAUAAUAAUGUCACCUUCAUACUUCUGCCCAGAAAGCGAGUUUGGAGUCCAGAAAUUAUCAUUGAUAACAUAGCCGGUGAAGUGAAGCCGAUAGGAGACAGAGCAAAAGAAGAUCUCAUCCGGUUAGAAUAUACAGGGAUGGUUCACUGGGAUGUUUCUCUAACUUUCUCAACACAUUGUGAUAUAGAUAUCACAUAUUACCCAUUCGACACCCAACGCUGUACACUUGAACUGGGAGAAUGGACGUACACACGUAAAGAAAUUAAUUUCACUACACACUCCAAAGGGAUCGUGUUAGAUUCCUACAAAGACAACGGGGAGUGGAAUAUUAUCGGAACUUUCGCUCAACCGAAACAAUACGGGGCGGAGUAUAUGCAGCUUCACUUCGGCCUUGUGAUGAAAAGAAAGUCUCUUUACUAUAUACUGAACGUUAUAGUACCACUUGUUCUCAUCUCAAUUUUGUGUGUAAUAAGCUUUCUCAUCCCAUUGGAUGCCGGAGAGAGGGUCUCUUACUCAAUCGCGGUCUUGCUAUCACUUGCCGUUUUCCUAACUGUAGUCAGUGCAAACAUGCCAUCUACGUCAAAAUACGUCUCUGUUUUAGCGGUAUACCUGGUUACGGUAAUGAUUAUCAGUGCACUCACCUGUGUCAUGACAAUCCUUGUAAUCAGAGUGUACCAUCGGAACGAUCACGAGUGUCCUAUACCUUUGUGGUUGCAGAAAUUUGUCGGCAGCUUUGCACCUCUUCUGUCCGGAAGUAGCAGUGGCAUCAUUGUGAGCCAACACAGUUCCCCUGAGCACGUAGCCGAAACUGGUUGGAGCCGAACUAACACCGCUGACGAUAUACACGAACGACUGGAAUGCUGGGGAGAAGAGCCGGGAGCUCGAGACUUUGCGAAUCGACGCCGUGGCGAAUCUCGUGUGUUCCAGACAACGCGUAUGAGCAUGAGGCGCAAGAAGUCACUUAAACAGGAUUGUAUCCGCGAUGGCGACCAAACUCGCCGUCCGAAUUCAUGGAAGAAUGUGGCGCGUGCUAUUGAUAGAUUUUGUUUCCGGUUAACACUUUUCAUUGUUCUUCUCACUAACCUAAUGAUGAUGAUUGUUCUCGGUGCUUUCAGUUGAUUGGUACGGCCAUUUAUCUCAGCGAAAUCAAAACAAUUAAAGUGGAUGUAUCUGGAACUAGAAGACAGGCUAGUUAAUUUAUUGUUUAUUUUUCUGAGGAUUCCUCCUCAAAUAUGGAUUUAAAAUGAGAAAAAUAAAAAAUAUAUUUAUACGUACGUAGAGAAAAAUAAUGGUCAAGAACAGUGAGACAGAAAGAACUUACGAGUCGAAACUUUGGUGUAUCAAGUUUUGGUAAUUCACGGAUUUCAGUUCAGUACCUACUGGGGUCAAUAUUUUCUUUAAAUACUACCACCCCAAAUAGGGCCAGUGAAAAAAAAUGUUCAAGUAAGAUAAUUCGGUUGAAUCAUAAUUUCUUUUAAAAGACAGGCUAUGAGCUUAGUCAAAAUUUAUAUUUGGAUACCUAUGUAAAUAUUUAAAAAAUAUAUAUAUAUAUAUAUGUAUAUGUGUGUAUAAAUAUACAUACACACACACAUACACAUAUAUGUAUA